AUGUUAACAGUGAGUGAGGUGCUGGUAUUUUUUGUGGUGUCUCUGCUGUUGAUACAGUUUCUGAAACUGCAAUGGAUGCGAAGACGAUUUCCUCCUGGACCAACUCCAUAUCCCUUCUUUGGAAAUCUGCUGCAGAUGAACUUCAAAAUCCAUCAUGAGCAUCUUAAAAAAAUGGCCAAAAUUCAUGGUAAUAUCUUCACCUUAUGGUUUUCAAACACUCCUGCGGUUGUCCUGCAAGGGUUCCAGGCAGUGAAGGAAGGUCUCACUGCUCAUGCUGAAGAUGUUGCUGGAAGGCCCACAAGCAAAAUUUUUCACGUUCUGACACGUGGAAAUGGUGUUAUAUUUGCUAAUGGUCAUCUCUGGAAGCAGCAGAGGCGUUUUGGAAUUGCAACAAUGAGGAAAAUGGGAGUAGGGAAAAAAGAUAAGGAUUAUCUACUGCAAAAAGAGGCUGCUCACCUGGUGGAAUACUUACAGAAAACAAACGGAAAACCUCUGGACCCCACUAUGCCUGUUGUUCAUACGGUCUCAAAUGUGAUUUGUCUUGUGAUUUUUGGACAUUGUUUCUGCAGAGAUGACGAGAAUUUUCACCGCCUGAUUGAAUCCUUUGACACCAUUUCAGCAUUUUUGAACAGCAUCUCCUUCUUUGUAUAUGAGUUGUCUCCCUGGCUUGCUGGUCAUUUUCUGCCAUCAGUUAAAAAGUUUAAGUCCUGUGUACAUUUUGUGAAUGAUCUGUUAGCAAAGGAACUUGAAAGUCACAAAGGAAGAAGAAAAUUUGCUGAGAAUCAAUAUUUUAUUGAUUACUAUUUGGAUGAGAUAGAUAAAACUAAAGGAGAUGCUGAUGCUACUUAUGAUGAAGUAAACUUUCUCCAGACCAUUUUUGACCUCUUUGUAGCAGGCAUAGAAACUACAGCCACCACUUUACUGUGGGCAUUGCUCUAUAUGGUGAUUUAUCCUGACAUUCAAGAGAAAGUCCAGAAGGAGCUGGAUGCUGUUGUGGGUUGUUCCCACGUAUUUUGCUAUGAGGACAGGAAAAAGUUGCCCUACACAAAUGCUGUAAUUCAUGAGAUCCAGCGAUACAGCAACAUAGUCUUAAUUGCACUGCCCAGACUGAGUGUGAAGGACACAGAGCUGCUGGGAUAUCAUAUUCCAAAGAACACCAUAGUUUUAUCAAAUAUUGACUCUGUUCUGUCUGACCCUGGAAAAUGGGAGACACCUGAUCAGUUCAACCCAGGCCACUUUCUGGAUAAAGAUGGAAACUUCAUAAACAGAGAAGCAUUCUUACCAUUUGCUAUAGGGCACCGUGUGUGUAUGGGGGAGUUGUUGGCAAGGAUGGAGCUCUUUAUUGUCUUUUCCACCCUCCUACAAGCAUUCACAUUCACCCUGCCAGAAGGUGUGAAGGAAGUCAACACCAAAUUUGUUUUUGGGAGCACGAUGAAGCCACCUCCCUACCAAAUCUGUGCCAUUCCUAGAUAG